CUACCCUCGUUCAGGUGCACUGACGAGUUUGACCUCUCACCCUUAUAUUGUCUAUUUCAUUUUAAAAAAUAUUCCAUUCGAUUUUGGGGGGGCGAUCUACCUGGUUCCUUUUAUCAGUCCGCUUUUCUCAUCGGAUAUUGCACAAUUUGAUACGCAGUCUAGUAGGGUGAACAGAGAACAAUAUAGACGACGUUAAACCUUCACUAAGAUCUUAUGCCGCAUCAUCCAACCUAAGAUCUGAAAUGCGACUCAUCAGCUUAAAAUCUGGAUUCCUACGAAGACGGGCCUCGGAUUCGCCCUUGUCCGUCAGACCACAACCGGAGGAGGCACAGAUAUGGAUGGAAUCUUUCACCGCCCUCGUGUCAUCCAAAUAUGGCUGCUCACUUUACCGGGCCUUUUUGCUUCGUGAAUUUAGCACUGAAAAUCUGGAUUUUUGGCUGGCCGUGGAAGACUACAGGAAUUCGAAACCUCAGAAGAUGGCCGUUAAAGCCCAGCAAAUUUACAAUGAAUUUGUGGCCGUAGAAGCUUCCAAAGAGGUUAAUCUGGAUGCAGAAACGAGGCUCAUAACUUGGGCCAACGUCCAGUCGAGUAACCCCGACCAACACGCGUUUGACCGAGCCCAAAAGCGAAUCAAACACAUGAUGGAGCGUGAUUCUUAUCUACGUUUUCUGCAGUCCAAACUGUUUCUAGAGCUUGCCCAUCCGGAUCAAUAUUGCCCAUCGGCCAUUGAAGAUUAAGACCAGUCUUUCUGGGCACAAUAAAAACGCGAAAUCAAAUGUGAAAUCUAAUUAUAAAAGCUUGAGCAAGCUGAGUAAGUGGUGAUAUAUAAUUAACAAGCCUAUUUUUUGCUUAGAUUUUACAUACCCAUAAUACGCUAGUCAUCUAGUCCGAAAACAUUGUGAUUUUUUCUAUAUGAUCUUUUGAUAUUACUGUUCGUGUAAGCACGACAUUCUGUUGUUCCUUGUACUCAAAUGUGAUGAAUCCUAUAAAACUUAAUGCACAUCUACUUUGUGUAACG